CCAGUUUAACAUGUUGGGGGAAAAAAUCUUUAAGCUGUUAUCUUAUCUUGCGGCCCUCUACAGCCACCCCUGAAACAUGUUCAUAUUUUUGAACGUUUCCAAAAUCGCAUCUACGUUGUCCGAGUGCAAGUGAAGGCAGCACCGUAGCAGCCGCUGAUCGGCGCUGAGGCACAAACAGAGAGAGAGAGAGCAGAAGUCAUUUCAACAAGCAACAGGUGUCAACACUGACUGAUGAAUCCUGGCACAACAACGGGAAGCUUCUCAUUCAACUGGUAGCUGAGCUUCAAUAAUGUCUCCCAGUCAAGAGCACAGAGGCCCAACUCCAGGUUUUCCCUCAGACUCUUCAAGGGGACAGAAGACGAGGCUUCAACAGAGAGCGACGUCCCUGCAUGAAGUGUGGCAAUGAAAGACACUUCUUCCCCACCAGCAGAUGGCAGAAGGGACCAGGUUUCUGUCUGCUGUGACCUUGCCCUGCAGCAGGAGGGUCAAACAACCACCCACUGCUACUUCCCUCUGAACAAAAGCACACAGACACAUGCAUGUAGAGGCACGCUGCGUCUUUCUGUGUCACAGGACUAAACACUGGUCAAGUAAAAGCGUGGAACAACAGACUGCAGCCGCUGGAGAGUUGGCGUUGAGAGAAAACCACCAGUUCAUUCCAGCAGAGAAGUGUGUCCGAUGGGAGGAGGAGCCACCAGGCUGUACAGCACCCUGAGUCAGACCCUCAGCAGCACCGGCUCUCCUCUGCCCCUCCCUCCAGCCCACCAGCCUGCAAACACAAACCUGGAUCCAGAUUUCUGCCAGGAGCAGACGGGGUCGCCUGUGUGUCCCCCUGAUCCCGUGGAGCUGCUUCGACAGUGUCAGGAGGCCCUCAGGGAUCGACCGCCUCGCUUCCACAGGAAGCUCAUCCACCUCAGUGAUGGAGACGGCGCCCCCAGCAGCCCCAUCAGGGUGAUGCAGUGGAACAUACUGGCCCAAGCUCUGGGCGAAGGACUUGACAGUUUUGUCCAGUGUCCCCUGGAGGCCCUCAGCUGGUCCCGAAGAAAGUACCUCAUCUUGGAGGAGAUCCUCACCUACCGACCUCACAUCCUGUGUCUGCAGGAAGUCGACCACUACUAUGACACCUUCCAGCCAGUCCUGGCAGGUUUGGGCUACAGCAGCCACUUCUGCCCCAAACCCUGGUCCCCCUGCCUGGACGUGGAGGGCAACAACGGCCCCGAUGGCUGCGCGCUGUUCUUCGACCAGUCGCGGUUUGAGCUCCUGGACAGCGUCAACAUUCGACUCUCUGCCAUGAGGAUCCCGACCAAUCAAGUUGCCGUAGUGACCACUCUGCGAUGUCGGACCACGGGGAGGUGUCUGUGCGUGGCCGUGACCCACCUGAAGGCUCGCUCUGGCUGGGAGUGGCUCCGCAGCGCUCAGGGUUCGGACCUCCUUCGCCACCUGCAGAACCUAGUCCAGAAACACGCCGGUGGACCUGCAGGUGACACCAACACCGACAUUCCUCUGCUCAUAUGUGGAGAUUUCAACGCAGUGCCAACAGAGGAGGUGUACCGACGUUUCUCCACGUCCCCUCUCGGUUUGGACUCGGCCUACAAGAAACUCAGCCAAGACGGUUUGACGGAGCCGGAGUACACGACGUGGAAGAUUCGGCCGACGGGGGAGUGUUGCUCCACCCUGGACUACAUCUGGUACAGUCGGGACACGCUGAGAGUGGACGCGGUUCUGGACAUGCCCACUGAGGAGGAGAUCGGGCCAAACAGGCUCCCGUCUUUCAGCUAUCCAUCUGAUCAUCUCUCGCUGGUUUGUGACUUCAGCUUCAAGGAGAAAGAUUGAAAAAGGAGAAGGACAACCUGCGGACCAGAAGUGAUGACGCUGUGGAGUCGAGUUUUGGAUCCUGGUGUGCUUCGCUCCACGAGAAGGCGUGAAGACGGGAAGCCACGUAAAGACGAAGGCGGGAGGCCGAGAUACUGGAGUGGAAAGUUUAAUAAUUGAGACUGGACUUCAAAGUCAGAUGACAGAAGACGCUGAGGUUGCAGAUGCACGCUGCAACAGCUACCUCCCCCCAUGUUCAAACACUGCACGAGUGUUUUCUGCACCAACGUCUUCAUCUGAACUCAAACUGCACACAGAUGUACUUUUUUGUUCUUAUGAGCUUAAAAUAACCCUAAAAUCAAACUGUAGUCAGUGUUUUGCUCCACACUGCCAAUGUACUACAGAUUGUAAAUAAAGUGUUUUUGCUUGACA